AAACACUGUCAUAUCACAUCACUUCCUACAACCCGGCUCCUUGACACACUUCACCACCGUCCACGCUUGUCGAAGAACGAUAUAUCCGGGCUAUCUAGAGGUCAAUGGAGUGGAUAUCCCGUGAGAGGGAAAGGAAGCAUUGUACAAACAGAAGAGGGGAACCUGGAUGUACUGCAAGACAUUUUGCAAAUAGAUCGGAGGAGGCGACAAUUAGAAGCAGAAAAGAUGUCAUGCAGAUAAAUAUUUGUUAUUGAUAUCGACUGAUAUUCUUUGUCCAACUACAUACAGCUUCGGCCACUAUGACUUACAAGUACAAAAUAUGUUUCGUCACAUGCCUGGUGACAUCUCUUGCUGCUGUAGCUAUCUACCUGCCAAGUACUGGAUUACUGGAUGUGCUUCCAUUGCAAACGUCCAGUUCAACAACACUGAACACAAGACAACUGUCCCUCCUCGAAGUGUCCCUAAAGCAUCCCCUCGUGCUUCAUAGACGGAGUGUGAACAUUACUUCAGCAGGUUACGAAACGCGGAAACGUAUUGUGUGGAUGAACGUUCCACCUUGGUACAAGACUGUAAACUCAUUCGACCACUGUUGCAUUCGUUCGUGUGAAAUAAGUUCGAACGAGGCACACAUUUCAUCUGCUGAUGCCGUGAUUGUCAAUGGCGUUACGUUGCCUUCAUCAAAACACCCAAACACCAACAUGAACCAGGUGUGGAUUAUGUAUGGGUGGGAAGCACCUCUUCACUAUCAUUCAAACACGAUUUUCCGUUCUGACUGGAAUGGACGUUUUAACUGGACAUUGACGUACCGCCUGGAUUCGGAUAUACCCUUUCCUUACAAUAGGAUCUUGUAUACAGGAGGCACUGUGAAUAUAAGUGAUGUUUUGAGACGAAAAAGCCGAUCAAUAGCUUGGUUUGUAAGUAACUGUGGUACACCGUCAAAGAGGGAAGUGUAUGUGAAGGAACUGCAAAAGCAUAUUGAUGUUGACAUCUAUGGUGCCUGCAGACAUAACAAGAGUUUUGACUGCCCUAAAGAAAGGUCCUUUGAGUGUUUGGGCCUGUUAAACACAACGUAUAGGUUUUACCUUUCGUUUGAAAAUUCCCUUUGUAAAGACUAUAUCACAGAAAAGUUCUACAACACGUUCAUGACUUCAGCUAUUCCCAUCGUUCGUGGAGGCGCUAACUAUACACGUCUUUUGCCAGAAGGAACAUUCAUCAACACGGCAUCAUUUGACAGUCCCAAGAGUUUGGCAAAUUAUAUCAAAUAUUUGGAGAGAAACGAGACAGCUAUGGGGGAUAUUCUGCAAAAGAAGCACAAGUAUGCAUACAUUAAUUCAGAAAGUACGGACUUUGAUUGGAGAUGUCAGCUGUGUGCCAAGUUACAUGGUAAUAUUACAAGAACGCAUUACAUUGAUAUGAAAGAGUGGUUAAAAACUGGAAAAUGCCAAGAAGAGCCAAAAGAUCUGCCGUAAUGUUUGGUGUUGUUCGAAACCUGUCCUAAUCGUAAUAUAUCAUAACGGGAAAUGUAAAAGAAAGGUUUUUGUUCCCAGUUACUUCUUGGAACACAGUUACAGUGAGCGAGUGGAUGAGUGCACACGUGUUAACAAUAUUCCAGCAAUAUAAGGGCGGGGACACCAGAAAUAGGCUUCACGCAUUGUACCCAUGUGGGCAACUGGACAUGGGUCUACUGACGGGCAAUCGCGUGUACCACAAGGCUUCACUAAACCACAUGACACGCCCUCUACAUACACGCUCUCACCUACACACAGAGAUAAGCGUCUUUUACGCCACCCUCACUACACAUACACGUUACAUACAUCAACCACAA